AUGGCCUUUUCAGUUCUUGGCCAUCUGUAUGCACUGUAUGCCCUCUCCGCGCUCCUCGCCGCCUACCACGACGCGGGGCAGCACGACCGCGCCGUCAAGGCCUUCCGCGACCUCCCCGCCGAGCUCUCCGUCGCGCCGGGGCUCGUCUCCCACAACGUGCUCCUCAAGUGCAUGGUCGCCGCUGGCGACGUCGCGGGCGCACGCAAGGUGUUCGACGGAAUGCUCGACAAGGCCGGCGUGCAGCCGGACAUCGUUUCCUGCAACGAGGUCCUCAGGGGGUACCUCAAGGCAGCGGACUAUCCCGCGUUCGACCAGCUGCUCAAGGAUGUCACGGGCAGCAAGAGGCGGCUCAAGCCCAACGUCACCACCUACAACCUCCGGAUGGCUGCCCUGUGCGCCAAGGGCAGGAGCUUCGAGGCCGAGGAGCUGCUGGACGCCAUGGCUGCCAACGGCGUCCCGCCCAACCGGGAGAGCUUCAACACCGUCAUCGGGGGGCUCUGCAAGGAGGGGGAGGUGGACGCUGCCACACGGCUGCUCAAGAAGAUGCCGGAGGUGCCGAGGCCGGGCGGGAAAGGCGUGGUGCCCAACUCCGAGACCUACAUCAUGCUGCUCGAGGCGCUGGUCGAGAAGCGCGCGUUUAGCCCUGCACUGGAGGUGUGCAAGGAAUGCUUGCAGAACAAGUGGGUGCCACCGUUCCAGGCCGUCAAAGGCUUGAUCGUAGGACUGGUGAAGAGCCGGAAGAUCAAGCAUGCAAAGGAGGUUGGCAUGACCAUGAAGAAGGCCGCCAAGGGUGACGCCAAAGACGAGUGGGAGAAGGUCGAGGCUGCUGCGUUCCAACUGGCACUUGCUGAAAACAAAGCGUAAUCACCGCUUGCAUAUGCGGAUGAGUUGUUGUUUUUUUCACUUUGCAAUCUGUUACGACAUUCACGUGUCUUCAUGUGCUAGUUUGUGUCAGUUCAUUUGGUUUCUUUUCUCAUAUAGGGUAUUUGCAUUUC